AUGGCUAGUACUGCAUUCGAAGCACCGUCCCUGUGCUUUCUCGGCAUUGCUUGCCUGGCUGAUGCUCCAAAGCAGUCGUUGACAUUCAAGCGUCAUCACCAGCCACCCGCAGCGCCUCCAAUGACGAUGCAUCGGCACCCACCGCCAAAGCGCGCGUCGCGCGUCGAGCAAAUUUCUACUCCCUCACCUCCCAAUCCGCCGCCAGGACCCUCAGGACGCAUCACAAACGCCCAAAUCCAAAAGAUGAGGUCCUCACGAAUAUCCAAAGACACAUCCAAACUACUUGGCUCCGUUGCCGCCACCCAAACGUCCUUUCCCCGCCGCACGACCCGAUCCCUCUCACGAUUUGCCCACACCACGUCCACGACCCUGGAUCAAAAUGGCCCCCAAACCACCGACAUAGAAGACAGCAUAAGCCCGCCUCGCAAGCGGCGGCGCCGGCGCACACCCGCAGACUCGCCCACGGAGGCCGCCGACGCCGAGCCCUCCUCCGACCCCUCGCCCUCGGCGCCAUCACCGCCCGCGAAGCGUCGGGGCCGAAAGCCAGCAAAGAACAAGACGGACCGCACGACCGGGCAGCAAGGCGCAUCGCCCCCAGUCCCGCCGCCGCCGGACUGGCAAGAAGUCUACAACACCGUCAAGAAGAUGCGCGGCCCGGGCGGCGCGGCCCACGGCGCGGCAGUAGACACGAUGGGGUGCGAGAGGCUCGCGGACCCCAACGCCUCCCCCCGCGACCAGCGCUUCCACACGCUCAUCGCGCUCAUGCUGUCCAGCCAGACAAAGGACACGGUCAACGCCGUGGCCAUGCACAGGCUCCGGACGGAGCUGCCGCCGCAUCGGCCCGGCGCCCCGGCCGGUCUGAACCUGGACAACGUGCUGGCCGUGGAUGCAGGUCUGCUCAACGAGUUGAUCUGGGCCGUUGGCUUCCACAACAACAAGACAAAGUACAUCAAGCGGGCGGCCGUCAUGCUGCGUGACCAGUGGAAGGGCGACAUCCCCGACACCAUCGAGGGCCUCACGUCGCUGCCGGGGGUCGGGCCCAAGAUGGCCUACCUCUGCCUCUCGGCGGCGUGGGGCCGCACCGAGGGCGUCGGCGUCGACGUGCACGUCCACCGGAUCACGAACCUCUGGGGCUGGAACAGGACGAGGAGCCCGGAGGAGACGAGGCGCGCGCUGCAGUCGUGGCUGCCGAGGGACAAGUGGCGGGAAAUCAACUGGCUGCUCGUCGGGCUCGGACAGACGGUCUGCCUGCCAGUGGGGAGGAGGUGCGGCGACUGCGACUUGGGCCUGGACGGGCUGUGCAAGGCCGCGGAGAGGAAGAAGGUGCUCCAGGGGAGGAGGGCGGCAGAGGAGGUCGAGGUGGAAGAGGCGAGCGGGGUGGCGGUGAGGAGGCGCGAGGUCGUUGCCGGCGUCGUAGUCACCAAGGAAGAGGCGGUCAAUGGGGAAUUGCGCGUUGGGAGGUAG